CGUUUAGAAAUCACGUGAAUGUUGCAGGAAGAGGAAACAUAUGAGAGGAAAGCGUCUACUUCAGAAGGAAGAUUGGAGCUGUUGUCAGGGAAAUAACCAUAGGAAAUAACACGCUUGGUGUAACGGCAGUAGGUCUAUGUGUAGCUCUACUGGAAAAAGGAAGAAUGGUUCGUGUCUGUGUCUUUCCGAAUUGUGGCAAUAGAAUGAGGAAAUACAAGUGCCUAAGCUUUCACCGUCUUCCUUUUUUUGACCAUAACGUACUGAAGUUGUGGCUAUUUGUACUUCAACUUGAUGCGCAAACCCCCAUACCAAUACUUCGCGAUAAAGAUUACCGCGUUUGCAGCGAGCAUUUUGAAGAAGAUGACUUCAAAGACACAUCUCAAAAGCGCCUGCGUCUAAAGAAAGAUGCCGUUCCAAGAGCGAAGAGACCUGCUGCAGACAGAGUGGAGACACCUCAAGCGUCAGAGCCCUCAUCUGAAGGCAAGGAGGAGAAACAGAAGCCAAAGAAGAAAAGGAAGAAUGAUAUGGAGGAGGUGAAACGGAGGCCAAAGAGAAAAAAGAAAUGCGCUAAAAACACUGGAAAACACGCAAAGAAAUUAAGAGAGCCCCAGAGCAAGUCCUCCACCGUGCUAGACAGGAAUGGCCUAAUGGAGGAUGUCGUUGUAAAGGUUGCUUGCCUGCUAGAGCUGUUCCAGAAGUGCUUAGGGUGCUACAGUGAUGCCUGCAGUGUCACUACUCAACGCAAGGGACUCGUCUUCCAUGUGGUGCAGCAGUGCUGGAGCUGUAGCAACACCAGGAACUGGGCGAGCCAUCCUCCAGACCACCAGCCCCCUGACCCAACAGCCUCUCAUGAAGCACCUCAAGAGUCAGAACCAUCACCCGAAGACGUGGAGGAGGUGGAGGUGGUGGAGGAGGAAGAGGAUAAUGAUGAUGAUGAGGAGGAGAAACAGAGGCCAAAGAGGAAAAGGAAGGACCGUGAUGAAGAGUGGGGUCUAAGUUCUGAAGAGUUCAUGGAGACGAGCAGCGAGGAGUCUGAAGGUGUUGAUGAAGGGGAGGAGCAUAUUCUCCAGGUUGCGUGGUGCUGUGACUGUGGAGAGGAGGCAAGUGCCCGCUGUUUCAAGCAGAAACACCUGCAGCUCUACUGCUGUGUUAAGUGUGGCUACAAGGUCGGUGACCAGGAGCUGGACUGCACAGACGGCCAACAAACCCAACACACCAUCAGCCCAGAGGCCCCUACUGCUGCAGACCAAGAGAGCUCUUGUGAUGUUAGCCAAGCAGCUGAACACGCAUGCAGCCCAGACGCCAACAGCAGUAACAAACAAACUGCUUCCAAUGAUCGUCUUGAAGAUUCAAAUAGCAUUAGCAAUCAAGGGGUCAUAAACUUUGAUGAGCUGCAUAAAACCAGCAAAGAUGGUGCUGAGUUAAGCCGCAGUAGCAGCAACAACAGCCACGGAGUCUCUAGCAUUAGAGAACAGGGUUCUGUGGGCAGCAGUGACCAUGGAGGCACCAGAAAUGAAAGCCCAGAAGACACCAGCAUAAGAGAUCAGGAACGUAACACUACAUCUGAAGUAGAGUUCUCUAAAAGCUGCCACCAGGAAACUAGUGCAGCCAAUGAGGAGAGACGGAAUCCUCCAAAAUAUGCCGUCUACUUCAAUGAUCCGUACAGCCUACAGAUCCAUAUGGAACAGUUACAUGGUGGUAAACGUGAGUUUUGUCCCGACUGUGGCAAAUUCCUUAUCAGGCACGAUGGCCAGACUGCGCACGUCUGUGAUCACAAAGUCAAGCUGCUCUCGUGUCUGACUUGUAGAAAGCGCUGCAUCAAUGAGGCAGGCCUCUGUAGACACGGUCACCUGCACACUAAGGACCUUGGGCUUUCCUGCCAAUACUGCUACGAGAAGUUCAGGUUCCAAAAAGACAAGCGGGAGCACGAGGAGACCUACAAGGGGGAGAGCCUGAAGUACCGCUGCUCCGAGUGCCCCAAACGGUUUGCAGAUCGCUCCAGUCGAAACGCUCACAGGAAGACCCACUGGGAACAUGGCAGGUUUUUCUGCAAAGUGUGUGACAAGGGCUUCCCCGAUCCCCAUCACCUCAAGAGACAUGAGUUGGUCCAUACGGGAGUGAAGCCCUACAGCUGUAAGCUAUGCAACUGUUCCUUCAACCAACCAGGCCAUCUCAAGUCCCACAUGCGCCUCCACACAGGGGAGAGACCCUUCAAGUGCCAGGACUGUGGGCAGUGCUUCAACCACAACGUCAGCCUCAAGAACCACAUUCAGCGCAAACAUGGACCAGCAGCUGGGGGGAGAUUGGUGCGUCAUGGGAGCAAAUGCGUCCCGACCUUCACCUUCCAGGUGGCACAGCACAGUGCUAACCUCAUGGGGCUGGACCUCAUCACCAGCCUGGGUUUCACAUUCCUGGACAGCGGCGGGGCGCCGAUCCUGCAGCCUUCACGCAACAACCUCUCCUGCACACGAACACGCACCCGGUCAUACAGCCCCUUUGGCGCAUUCCCCUGGCAAGAGCUGACAAAGUUGUUGGAAGCAGGCAUCAUCGAACCAGUCGACGCCUCACCAUGGAUCUCGAAUCUGGUGAUUGCCAAAAAUAAAACAGGUGGCUUGCGAGUGUGUGUGGACCUGAGGGCGGUGAACAAGGCUGUGGUACCAGAUAAAUACCUGCUGCCCACUGCAGAAGAACUGACCUCACAGUUUUAUGGCUCCAAGACAUUUUCCAAGCUUGAUCUCCGCCAGGGCUACAGUACCUGCAGGUUCCCCUGCACCCAGAUCGUCGUAACCUCACUGCAUUUGUCACGCAUGCAGGUGUCUUCCGCUAUACCAGGAUGCCUUUUGGCCUUUGCUCCGCCCCUAGCUGUUUUCAAAAGAUAA